AUGCCAUUUGAACCCGGUGAUGGCCGGCGCUCCGUGUCGCCGCUGAGUACGGGACGCUCCUCGCCCGCUCUCCGUGCUCCUCGCCGGGUCGAGGACGGUAUGUGCGUUUGCGUGCCUCCUGUCUUGGAGCCAUUGUCACUGACUGCCUGUGCGAGUNNAGCUGUCGCGCAAAAAGACAAGACGACUCGCCGCUAUGCCACUGCCAUAGAGCGUGCCCUGUCGUCCUUCGACAGCGCCCAGCAAGAAUGGGCUGAUUACAUUGCCUUUCUAGCCCGCCUACACAAGGCCCUCCACCCUCCUCCUCCGAGCCUUGAAUACCUCCCGCACGCCCACGCUGUCGCUCUGCGUCUGGCACAGUGCCUCAACCCUGCUCUGCCCUCGGGUGUUCAUCAGAAAGCUCUCGAUGUCUAUGCCACCAUCUUCUCCUUCCUCCCUCCGCCGUCUCUUGGUCACACUCUACACGUAUACCUGCCUGGCUUAGUUCCCGUCUUGUCCUUCGCAUCUCUGUCUGUUCGACCAAUCUUCUAUUCAGUUGUCGAGGACCACAUCUUGAAGCUAGAUUCUGAACACAUCCGCCCUGCCACAAAGUCUCUGAUUCUGUCAUUGCUACCCGGCAUCGAAGAUGAGACAAGCGAGGACUUUGACAGAGCUUUUCGUAUUCUCGACGUCUUGCGAAAGACUUCUUCCCGCGACAUCGAAGAUGGCUCAGACGCUGAAGGAAGAGAUGGCUACUUCUGGCAGUGCUUCUUCCUUGCUGUAAUCACGAACUCUUCUCGCAGGCAAGGUGCUCUGGCUUUCUUGACCCGUAAGCUUCCCAAUUUUACCCCGUCCGACACACCUCUGGACUCGUCCCAGGUCCAAGACCGCGCUCUGCCUCUGGCUGCCCAAGCUGCCAUCAAUCCUGAGCCUGGCCUGCUUGUACGUUGCUUCGCUGCCGGUCUUCAAGAUUCGCAGAUUCUCGUGCAGCGUGGCUUUCUUGAUCUGCUUGUUACACACUUGCCUCUACACUCACCUGUCUUCCGCAAUCACGUUCGAUCCAGAGACAUGGUGUUGAUCACUACUGCUGCCGCAAAUUGUGUAUUGAGGAGAGACAUGAGUCUGAACCGUAGGUUGUGGUCAUGGUUCCUCGGUCCCGAUCCUACAGCUUCAGAGGCUGAAGAUGGUGCACCCCUCUCGCCGACAGACUCACGUGGUAAUGUUUCCCAAAAACAGGCUCUGUAUUUCCAGAAGCAUGGUGCAGCUUCUCUGGAGAAGAGCAUCAUCAAUAUGCUCGCUCAGCAAAGUAUCCAUCCAACUGGCCGUGCCAAGCCCUUCCGUGUAUGUCUUUCUCUGAUGGACCGCUGGGAAGUUGGCGGGUUGAUCGUGCCAAAAGUUUUACUUCCCGCUCUUCAAAAUGCAUAUGAGUACAGCCAAGCCAGUUCACCGGCGCAAGUUGAAGAAGUCAUUCGCAGUGCGAGCCUUUUCUUCGAUGGCGUUGAGAGUAGUUUGAUAUGGUCACGCCUCAUCGGUGUGCUGCUGUCUUCUUUCGACCUGCGACAAUCUGCCGAAAAAGAGUCGUUGCGUGGUCUCGAAUUUCUCCAUUUCGUCAUUGACCGCUUCGAUGUGCGUGAUGAAGAGAUGCUUCUACGGCACAUUCCAAACACUCUCCUUAUCCUUCUUUCCCGUCUUGCUUCUAUUUUGAGUGAGAAACAGGUUGGAUCAGAACGCUUCAUGAUCCUUGUGUUGAGCUUCGCGCAGAGGUUGUUGCGUCUUCUGCCUCCGCGUGCCUUUGAGCAAGACCGAAAAGAUGGUUCUCAUCAAUCUUUUUGUGAAUCGGGAAGCGCCUCUUCCGUAAUCAAGUCACUCAUGCAACAGUACAUCAGAGAGGACUUCGAAGACAACGUCACAGAUUUCGAGACGCACAACCGACGAAGAACUGCUGAGUACAUGCUACAAAGUGUCGUUGAAGUUUUGAAGUUGGCCUUGACAACGAACACUUUCACGAACCAGCUGGGUCUAAUCACGGAUUGUUUCGUUAGCAUCAUUACCAAGACGCCCAACUCCCAAGCAUUUCGCAAAUCAGACAUCUACGACACAUUCAGACAGGCUCUUGACAAGGAGAGCCUUUUACAAGACUCUUCUACCAAGCAAUCAUCAUUCUUGGUCAUCAGCUCGAUUAUGUCAGUGGUAGUUGCCAGUGUUGCCGGAAACCAGUCGCAGUACUUCAGUCAUGAACAGAUCAUGGAUCUUCAGACCAACGUUCUCAACGGUAUCUGGCAUCAUCUCUCACCAUUCAGACCAAAGUAUCAUGUUGAAGCAGUAAGAUUGAUAUGGCAGCUGGAAAGCUUGACUAAAGCCGAACAUCAGGUCGAAGCUCGUUUGGCCUUACUCGUGAGUGAUCAAUCAGAGGUAGACGGUCCAGAGAUAGCCUCCAGAUUUACGGUGCUUUGGGAGCAUACCAUGCAGAGCUUCAACCCAAGAUCAGAAGGCCCCGGAAGGCCUUUGUCUCGCAGGCCUAGCGUCAUGCCUACCACAGGCGAGCUUGGUGGUGAUGUCGAUCCAGAGAGAGUUUUGACAAGACCUUUGCUAUUACUCUUGGAUUCCUUGAAUGCUGAGGGCACAGGCGCAGCUGACGUUGUCCGUUCGUGGCUACAAAGUCUGUCUAGUCUUGACAGAGUCUUCUACAUAAUAUGUUCUAAGCUACAGAAGGACAUGGACAGCUUCGCUCACGAAGCAGGGAAGAAGGAUGCUCGGCACCGAACACGAAGAAACGCUGAGCAAAGCCUGGACGGUGUCUACUUCUGUCUUCGGCACCUGCGAAAUCUCUUACGCGAUCCCAACGAGCACAUGUGGCUUACUCUUUCAAGUCUCCAAUUCGACUUUUCGAGCACCUCACGGACUGGAAUCUCGAAAACUGGUGCCAUUGAGUUCCUAUCAAGGAUCUGUUUAAAGACUCUUGCUUUGCAAGCACACUCGGCUCCCCAUGCUCUACAGCAUGCGUCGUUGACUAUACUUCAGACUCUACUUGAAUGUCCCAAUGCAUCUGUCUUGAAACAAAUGGAGAUCGAUGAUGCACUGAUCGGGACGCUGAGCAAGGCCCUCGAAGGUCCGAUCGGAGCGCUCCAGACGGUCUACCUCGAAACGAUAUCUAGGGCUCUCAGACUGCAAGCAGCACCAAUGCAAAGCACGCUUGGGCUACCCCGAAGCCCACUCGCCUCUCACCGACCUUCGCUUACCAUAGAAGUUCCAGAGAAAGUAUCACAACCAAUAAUUUCCACGCCACCACCGGAGCUUUUGAGCUGUCUCCGUACCGGUCUCUCAUCUCCAUCGAGUCGCCUGUUUCUCGAACAUUGGGUCGAUUUUCUCGAUCAAGUCUUGCCUCUCUAUGCAGAUGCUGUCUUUGCGAACUUGCUGCCACUUGUCGAGUGUAUAUGUCAGCAAGUUUCGACUGCUUUCCGAUAUGUGAAGCACAUUUCGCACUCGACUCAUGAAAGAAUUGAGUCCGUGCCUAUAUCAACACUAUCAGCACUACUGCAUGGACUCGAGCUGGUCCUUGCUCAUGUCCAUCGCCAGUUUCAGAGUGAAGAAAUCGCUAGCCCUGUACCUAAGUCUCCUGAGCCAUCGCAAGGCUUCUUUGGUAACAUCUCUGGCGUUUUUGCGCAGGAUGGACAACACGUACCUCCAAGCAAGACUAGCCGCAUAAACAGCAGACUCACCAUGAUAUUGUCAUUUCAAGACGCUAUUCGAAUUUGCUUCUCUAUUUGGGCAUGGGCGAGUAAUGAAAGUGGCCGGUCAGACGCUACGUGUGCAGCAACAAUUUCGUUGAAUGCACUAAAGUUGAGAAAUCGUACAAGGAAAAUCCUCGAGAACUUGUUCGCGGCUGAAGAGUUGGAGUGUCUCGAGACAUUGGCUUUGAUAUGGUCUCGACCAAAGCCUUCCAAGGAGAUCGAGUCUGCAGCUGUUUUUGAUUUGCUACUGGUCUUGGAUGGAUCUAGACCCAAGAGCACGGUGCCGGUUAUCAUCAAUGCCCUUUACAGUCGGACAAACAUUGAUGCUUUGGACAUUGGACGUAGGUCAAGUCUAACGUCUGAUCUGUCCACGGCCGAAGUGGCUGCCUUCCUGCUAAGCUAUGCACGCGCAAUCGAAGAUGAUGCCACCGAUGAGAUAUGGAGCGAGUGUAUGAUCUUCCUGAGAGAUGUACUCUCAAAUCCACUGCCUCAUAGACAAAUUUUGCCAUCUCUCCUCGAGUUCACAGUCCUGUUGGCUGAGAAGAUUGAUAACACAAACUUUGGUGAGCUGCGUAAGAUGCGCCGCGAACUAGGCGACAUCUUCCUCCGAUUGCUGACAGCAACAUUCACCGCACGGCCACUUGCGAACAUUCUUGAGACUCCAGCGGCUGGGUCGCAACUUCCUACUGGAGCUAAUGAUCUCAUCCACAGCCUUCUCUAUAUUACGCCAAGGCUCUCGAUUAUCUUGCAGAGUAACGACAGAGUCCAGAGUGCUGUGAACACCAUAUCGAGCAAUGUCAUGACGCCAGCGUUCCACGCAAAGGCGUUCCCUGAAAACAUUACCAAGGAUCUGUUGAAGCUUUUCGAACAUGUCGCCCAGCAAGGACCGACCUCCAAGCAGUGGAAGAAAGACAUUGCAGAUGCAUUCAACAAUCCUCGAUUGUUGACAUGCUCUGCAGGAUUGAUGCACGACGGGUGGUAUCCUGUGCUACGCAAGUGGGCGCUCAGUGACAAGGAUCGUCUCCCUGAGCUUCUGUCCAGAAUCACCGCUCCCUCGACAGCCGGCAUUAUGUUCGGCGUUGGUGCCAAUGCAGCACGCCUGGAAGCCGAUCGAAGGACGCAGCUUACUCUACGAAAGACAAUGCUUCUCAUGCUGGCCUGCGAGCAAGACAUUUUCGUAGGUAAUCUGACGCAAAUCUUGGACAAGCUUGUCGACCUGUGCACAGCCGACUCCUCUUCCUCGCCGUCAUCCACUACAAGGGCGGAAGUCUUCAUGGUCUUCCGUGCGAUGAUGCUCUCCUUUUCGCCGAUACAUCUAUCUGCUGUCUGGCCCGUUCUCAAUGCAAACUUGCAGAAGGCGAUCACUGCAUGCCUGCCUGGCGGUCACGACCAGGAUAUAUACAGCAAUCUCUCGUUAUUGCAGGCCUGCAAGCUUCUCGAUCUGCUGACUACACUAUCACCGGAUGAGUUUCAAUUGCACGAGUGGCUCUACAUCACUGAUACUAUCGAUGCCGUAUACCGACCCGUCGACCUCAACCCAGUUGCCUUGACCGACGAAGCGGCCGAAGCCUUGGGCAUGGAGAGUUCUGAACAUGCAGCCUACACACCGCCAGGCGCGAGCAACAAUCCGUCCAACGAAGCGGGUACUCGAGGAUUGUUCUUGGGAAGUUCAACCAUGGACGGUGCAGAUACGAAGGCAAUGGCCAAAGACGACUUUUUGCGCAGUGUGCUGCAGCCUUUCUUUAGCCAGCUGAGCAUGUACUCGUAUGAAGCUACCUACAGUAUGAGCGUGCCAGAUGUGGAGUCGUGCAGGCGGUCUCUGUUGGAGGAUGUAUUGGAUGAGAGCACUAUGGCUUGA